AUGGGCCUGACGGUCGCAAGCAACGCGUAUCGGGUGUUAGGGUGUCAAAUCUCGUAUGAUAUUCCAGCUUCUCUCCAACGAUUCAUGACGCUUGUCGUGAGGACGUCUAACCAGCUUUUGGGCAACUUGCAGGCAGCUGCCACACCACAUGACCAAGAGAAGCAAUCAGAUCAUCAUCUUGAUAUCUCAUCGCCGUUUUGCGCUUUGACUUUGGAGGAGAGCCACGUUAUUAUCGACGAGAGUGCCACCGACACCGAUUUUGUCCGGCCGUCCGGUAUGCCGUCAAACGGUCGCCUCGUGGAUAGGACUAGAACAGCGGCGCUUUUGCUUCAAAACUUGCCUCUUCCCUGUUCGGCAUUGGGCGUCAUGAAAUCCUCUCCAUGUUUCAAGGGUUGUAUGACAACCAUUCAACGGUUUGAGGGCGUGUAA